GUCACCCCGUGGAAGAUAGACUUUGACUUUGCACCUCUCUCGGGAAGAAGGUCGCUGGGUUGUCCUGUCGCCAUGUCUUUUCGAUUUUCCGGGGGUUCCAGGGUCUGUUCUCGAGCCGGGUCUGUCAGGCUGUCCAGGGGAGGGGCAGGCUUUGUGGCUGGGAAUGUGUGCGUUGGGCCUGGAGCUGAGAGCAGUUUCUCUUGCACCCUUGGGGGCAUCUCCUCUGGAGGAAGCUUUGGCAACGGCAACGAGGUGUCAGGAAGGGCGAACGGCGCUGGUUUCCUUAACAACGAGUCUGGGCUUCUGUCUGGGAAUGAGAAGGUGACCAUGCAGAACCUCAACGACCGCCUGGCCUCCUACCUGAACCACGUGAGCGCCCUGGAGGAGGCCAACACUGACCUGGAGAAGAAGAUCGAGGACUGGUAUGAGAAAUUCGGGCCUGGCAGCGGUCGUCGGCUCGACUUUGACUACAGCAAGUAUUUCUCGGUCAUCGAGGAUCUGAAAAGACAGAUUGCUUCUAUGACCGCCUGUAACGCCAACCUUAUUCUUCAAAAUGACAAUGCCAGGCUCACAGCUGAUGAUUUCAAGAUGAAGUAUGAAAAUGAGCUUGCUCUACACCAGAGUGUUGAGGCCGACACCAACGGUCUUCGCAGAGUGUUGGACGAGCUGACGCUUUCUACGACCGACUUGGAAAUCCAGUGUGAGGCUCUGAGCGAGGAGCUGACAUGCCUCCAAAAGAACCACGAGGAGGAAAUGGGAGUCCUGCAAAACGCAUCAGGGGGGACCAUCAAUGUGGAGAUGAACGCGGCCCCCGGCGUGGAUCUAACCGCCAUGUUGAACAACAUGAGGGCUGAAUACGAAGAUCUGGCUGAGCAGAACCGCAAAGAUGCGGAGGCCUGCUUUAAAGAGAAGAGCGCGACGCUGCAGCGACAGAUUUCAGAUGAUGCAGGAGCAGCCACGGCGGCCAGAAACGAGCUGAUGGAGCUGAAACGCAACCUGCAGACUCUGGAAAUAGAACUCCAGUCCAUCUCAGCGAUAAAACAGUCCUACGAGAGUUCCUUGGCUGAGACCGAAGGGAAUUACUACGCUCAACUCCAGCAAAUCCAGGAGCAGAUCAGGGGGCGGGAGGAGCAGCUGCAGCAGAUCCGAACUGAGACAGAGGGGCAGAAGCUGGAGCAUGAGCAGCUUCUGGGCAUCAAAACGUGUUUAGAGAAGGAGAUUGGCAUGUACUGCAACUUACUAGAUGGAGAGGAACGAAGAAGUGAGUCCACAUGCUACAAGGCAAAGGACGGCAAGCCUGCGAAUGAAGUCAAUGACUCAACAGAAGAGACGUUUGUCAGAACUGUGGCUGAGGAGCUAGAUCAACUCGGCAGCCUCCUUUCCCUGAGAGUGCACUCGGUAGAAGAAAAAUCUUCUAAAAUCAGCAACAUUACCAUGGAGCAGCGGGUGCCUUCCAAAGCCCUGUAGUGACUGAAAGAUUGUUCUUAAAACAAAAGGCUGUCUCUGCAAAAUUCCAGUGGUCAAGUAACAUAAGAAAAUGAUCUGUGCUUGUUCUUAAAACUCCUCAGAGGACUAGACUCGGGUUUCCUUUCCCCACUUGUCACACUGUCAUAGGUAAUACAGACGGAGGUGCCUGGACCCUUCCUGGACAGAGAAAAGAAAUCUGCGGAAAGCCAUUAUGAAGCCAAUAUGAAGCAGAGUUGGGGAUUUACUAAAAGACAUUUCUAACUUGGAUCUGAAACGCGGGUCCAAAGAGAGGUGUUCAGGAAAGAAUGAGGUGUACCCUAGCAUGGGCUUGGGCUUUUUUUUUUUUUUUUUUUUUUUGUAGGUUUUUAAGACAGGGUUUCUCUGUGCUAACAGCUCUGGAACUUUAUUGACCAGGCUGGCCUCGAGCUCACGGUGAUCUGCCUGCCUCUGCCUCCCCUCCAAAGUGCUGGGAUUAAAGGCGUGUGCCAUCACCGCCCGGCAAAUACUUUGGCGUCUCUAUCACAGGUAUGUGUAGGAGUUUGCUGCUUCUCAAGUUAUCUCUCCACAGGUUACAAGAAACGCCCCUCCUGUUUCUUUAACAUUGCUCGAAGGGCACAGCUAACACGGUUAAAAGUUAGCAGAAUUUCCUUCUGUAAGGAAGGGUAGAAGAUGGAGCUAUGGGGCUGUUGUUUAGAUUGAGGCGUGAGAAGGGGUUGGAGGUUCUAAGUACGUACAGUUCAGCUAGACAAGGUGUCUUUGGGGAAAGUCAUGCUGUCUCUCGGGCCAUUUGGGCUUCACCAGGGAUUUCUGAAGUUUCUGACCUUUCUCAAGAGAAAAGGCCAGUCAUACUCUAAGCCUUUCCUUCCAUGUCACCAUAAUGUUCCUAUCUGUCAAACCCGCCCCAAUACUGUUGUAAGCCUUUCCAGGAAAUGAGACAGUCUUGGUAGUUUUUAUUUUUAUUUUGUGAACCUUUAGCCAUCUCAUGAAGAGUUCUUCUAUUGCAAAUUUUGUUUGUUGGUUUGUCUGUUGUUGGUUAUUUGUUUGUUUUUCACAGAGACAGGGUUUCCCUGUGUAGCUCUGUC